GUGUACAGUAUGGGUAGAAGAUGUAAUUACUGAGAUGUCUCGUGUAGGAUGCCAUUUUGGGGAUUUGAAUGUGGUCAGUAAAACUCUGAACAGUUCCUCGUGUCUCAUCGGUUGAAGAGCAUCUAUCUUAACACGUGUUUUUAAACUUAACUUUAAAUUGUAACUUUAUAAAUACAAUAUUUUUAACGACAAUUCAUCGCUACACAUCGCAGAAUUCAUCAGGUAUAAAAGGUUUAUUCCUUUAUCUUGAAAAGGAUAAUUACAAAACGUGUCACAAGUCCGCAUCACAAAUUUAAAAAUCGAGAAUGCAAGAGUUAAGAAAGAAACAGCUGUCAAGAAUAGAUGACAUCCAUUUUUUAAUCCAAGCUAUAAAAUUUCAAGACGAAGAUUAUAUAGAUAAUGUAACAAACGAAGAUAUCUGUGGAUCUAUUAAUACUCAUUACGGUAAUUACGGACCUCCUCUACAUCUAGCCGCGCGAGUCGGAAAUUAUAAAAUAUUUCAAAAGUUGAUAAAAAUCGGUGCUGAUAUACACCAACGAAAUUCAAUAACUCAAGAAACAGUGCUAGAUAGCGCCAUGGAAUCCUUCAAUUACGAUAUCGUCAAGUAUUUGAAAGAAAAUGGUGUAGAAAAAUCUGAUGGCAUUGAGGGAGAAACUGCAUUGCCGCAAUUUGCGGCCGAUGAAGGAACAAGAGAAGUUAUGAUGUUAUUAGUGACUAACAAAGCUGACAUUAAUGCUAAAUCUGAUGACGGAAUCAUUCUUUUUAUUAAUGCUGCUAAAGCUAAACAAUACGGUAUCAUGAAUGCUGUAUUAAUAAAGUAUAUACUUGAUCUUUUUUGCAUAUAUGAAGGAGAUGAUGACACUAAAACAAUUUUCCAUGCAGCUGCUGGUAUUAACAACUAUACAGCAUUGAUGAAUUGGCUAAUUAGGUUUUGUCGAAAGCAUAAUUUUCCAAGAAAUGACAAUUUUUUUUCGUACUUUAUAUUUCAAAUGGGGUAUCAUAACCACUACUCUCGUCUCCACAUGUUAGAAAAUGCUUGGCCAGAAUUGUUUCCAGAAGGUAUUGACGUUAAUGCUGCGGAUUCUAUUAAGAGGCACAUUGAAGAAUUGAUAGCAGCGGGUCUUUAUGUAUGUAAAGAAAAUAUUGAAGUUGUUAGUAAUACAAAAAGAUUGGAUGAUUAUUCAGCUGAAUGUCUUUCAGAAGUUGAAAAAAUGAAGAAAAAUGUGAUAGAAGGCAGUAAUAUCACAUUUAUAGAGAUUUUACAUAAAAAUGUACGAUACUUAGGACGUUAUUUGAAGAAUGUUGAUUUGAACAAAAUAUUUAUACGGGAACCUCAAUUUCCAGAGUACCCAAUAUAUGAAACUAAGAUCUUUUUUAAAUUGUGGAAAGCUCAGAUAAGAGUUAACUACGUAAAAUAUUCUGAAGAAGUUCUUUCUAAUAUUUUUUAUAAAUUACGACUUCCGGAUACUUUUGUCAGAGAAUUGUAUAUUUACUUGUCGAAUGAUGAUUUAAAAAAAAUUGUUCAACCCUCUAAAUGGACAAAAAAAUAGCUAAUCAGUCGCAUCCUAUAAAUCAAAAUAAAAUGAUCUCUGUAAUCUAUUUUCACAACGCUGUUUCCUUUUAAAUAAAUUAAAAAGAAAAUGUAAAAAAAAUUGGCAAGUUCAAAAGUGCGCGCCUCAAAUGCUCAUGUAAUAUAAAAGCUAACUUUUAAAACAAAAUAAAUUUUUUUUAAAUAUAAUAAAAGUAAAUUGACAGCUGAUUCUUUUUUUUUAAAUAGGGGGAACUAAUAAUACAUAAAGUAAAGUAUAUAAAACGAUUAAUAUUUAGCAUCCCAUAAUGAGUAAUUGCAAUUUUUAGGUAGAUUUUUUUAAAAAUCUAGGUAUUGUAUUUGUCCUCAUGGUCGAUUUUUCAAGGAAUUUUGUCACAACCUAUCAUAAUUAGUUGAGUAGAGUUCGAAAAUACCAUUCGUUGAAAAAUUUAUAUAUGUAUGUAUACAUAUAUAUAUGUAUAUAUAAUAGAACCAAGUUUUGAGAACACGAUUGCGCCUAGAAUCCUUAUCGGAUCCUUAUGAAAUUUUUCACACUUAUUCUAUGGGCGAUUAUCACGGUUAAGUUCGAAGAUGGUCUAAAUCGUUCGAUUAGUUUAGAAGAUAUGGCUGUUUCAAAUUUCCACGAUUUUUCAAAAAAAAAAAUUUUUAUCCACUUUCAAGUUCAUAUAACUUUAAAACUAAAACUCAUAGAUAAUUUCCGUAAAAAGUAUUUGAAAGCUUUAA